AUUGAAUCAAGCAACUCAACCCACAAAACUCGGAAAAUGCGCUCCUAUACGCCCAACGAUAAAGAUGGGCGUGGGAGCCGGCGAAGCUCUGUUAAUGCCAGAUUCCGAGCCAGCACGUCUACUAUAGACAGACCUCAGACAUCUCUACGACAGUCCAGGAUUUCCUCUUUCCGCGCGAGUACACAGCCUACAUACAAUCUGUUCACGGGCGAAUCAAAUAUUCCUCGACCUCAAUCUAGGCAAAGCCACAUCGCCGAGUCUGUCCGCCCCGGUUCGCGCGAAAGUCAUAAGGAGAACAUGGCGCCCCCGGACGCGGACGAGUACGAGAAGUACAGGCGAGAGAUCGAGUCAUUGAAAGCUGAGAUCGGGACGCUGCAAUAUCGAAUUCAGACUGCCGAGCAAGAGAAGGAGAUUGCGACGUCGGAACAAAGCAGCAAGUUGGAGCAAGCUCGACGGCGGGAGCAAGAUGAAGCGCAGCACCGACAAGCGGCUGAGGCUGAACGCGAAAAAGCGCUAGCGCAAACAGAUACUCUUCGAAGGGAAUUACAAGAAGUCAAGGACGCGAUCGAUGGCGAUAAGAAGCAAUUAGAGCGCAAGGCUCGUGAAGCAGAGGAUGAGGCCCGCUUGCUGCAGGAACAGUUGGAGGACCUAUCCACAGCGAAGGACGAUGCCGCCCGAAUUGCCGACCGAAAAGCCACAGACAUGGAGAUGCAGAUUGCCGCGGCGCAAAAGACUAUCCAAGAAUUUGAGCAGGAGAGCGAACAGCGGGAGAAUGUCCUACAACAAACACAAGCUCAAUUGGCUGAGAAGGAUGGAGUGAUCGCGAAUCUCGAGGCAGAUGUGCUACGGCUCAAAGCGCAAAGCGGCGAUGCAGAGACGAUGGAGAUCAUCAGACAGGAACUUACUGAACAAGUUCAGCAUAUCCGAAACCUCGAGGCGACGAAUCGUGAUCAGCUCUCCGAACUUAAGCACCUACGAGCGUUGAGCAAGGCGGUUGAAGUUGUCGAAGAAGAGAAGCGAACAUUACAGCGAAAGCUUGAGUCGGCCGAAUUGAUUGAAGCAGAGCUUGCCGAGGCGCGUAUCCAGCGACAACGACUGGAGGACGAGCGCUUGGCUUGGUCGGCGUAUCUAAGAAACGCUGCCGAGACAGACGAGUCUGAGUUUGACUCGCCAGAGGCUGUGGCAAGGGCCCUUGUUGAAGAGCGCUUGACGAAUGCAUCAUAUGUUGAGAAGGUCGGGUCCCUCCAGGCUGAGAUUACUGCUGCUCAGAACACGAUCCAAUCGCUUCGCGACGAGCAGACUCAACUGAAGAAUGAGGUCGAGAAUGCGAAGACUGUGGCACAUGCUAGCAAUGCCGAUAAGGCCCGAAUGCGACUGGAGCGCCAACGUGCCUUGGCCGUCAAGGAGGUCGAAUACCUCCGCGCACAGCUCAAGACCUUCGAUACCGAGGACGAGACACUUCAGCCAGAACAAUUUGACCAGGCCCGCGUACAGCGCGUGCAAGAGCUAGAGGAUCUUGUCGACAAGUAUAAGAUGGAAGUCCAGAACCUACACGCAGAGCUAUCGUCAAUCGAGCCCUCAGCACCAAGCACACCCCAACCCGCGACAGGAAGCAAGCGCUCAAGAGCGGAGGAUGAUAGUUCUCAAGAGCAACUCGGCCAACUCACGCGAAAGAAGCGUAUGCUAGAGGAGCAAUUGACCAAGUCGCAAAACAAGAUUGCUCUGCUGGAGAAAGACUUGUCCACCAGCAAGGAACAACUCAAAGCUGCUAAGCAACAAACACAAACACGUGUUCUAUCACUCAAGUCCAAUCCCACAUCAGACUUUGAAGCUAUCAAGCGCUCCACCCUCGAAGCACUAAAGAAGGAGAACGAAGACCUCCUCGCAACCCUCCAAUCCAAGAACGCCAACUCCUCCGUCCCUAUGAUCCCAACCUCCGUCCUCGCCGCAAUGGAGCGCGAAAUAACCGCCGCCAAGUCCGAAACCGCCUCCGCCGAGAAGCGCACGCGCCGCCUAAAAGAAGUCUGGGGCUCCAAAUCCCAAGAGUUCAAAGAAGCCAUCUUCUCCACGCUCGGGUGGACCGUGACGUUCAUCCCCAACGGCAAAAUGCGCGUCGAGAGCACGUUCUACCCCUCGCAGACAGACGAGCAUGAGAAUUCCAUCGUGUUUGAUGGCGAGCGCGGCACGAUGAAGGUUGGCGGUGGACCGAGGAGUGAUUUCGCGAGGAGGAUUAAUGAUCAGAUUGGGUUCUGGGUUAGGGAGAAGGGAUGUAUUCCUGGGUUUUUGGCGGCGCUGACGUUGGAGUUUUAUGAGGAGCAUACAAGGGCUUCGAAGUAGGAUGGAUGUGAUGAUAGUUAAUACCCCUGUAUAUUUGUGUUUAUAAUGAAGUCAGUUGAGGAUUGUAUAUAGGAGGCAUGGCUGAUGCCUUUCUGCAAAUGCAUCCGUGGACUCCAUGUAUCUUAAUGAUAUGGCCGCCCAGAUCGGCUAAAGCGUUAACAUAGAGCUUGUCAAUCGUCACCCUGGGGCCUGGGCUUGUUUCCAAAAUCUAGUUGCGCCUGGCCUAUCAAACUUGACCUUGGU